AUGAUUUGCAAAGUUCAAAGUUUUGAGUCAUAUCCUAAUGAUUAAAUUGACGUCUAGUAUACAAUAGCUUUAUUUGAUUGUUAUUCCUUAUUUUAAACUUGUCUAUAUGUUGGAUUAUCGAAUCUUAUUAAUGAUUAUUUUAAUUAUUGCAAUAGGUAUACCAAAUUCUAGAUAUACCCAUAGCUGUAGCUUAAACUCCAGAAACUUUUGUAAAAAUCUUGGUAGAUAAAAUUUUUGGUUCAGCCCUAGAUUUAUUUGAUGUGUUUAUAGGUAUUAUCUAAUGUUUAAAUGAAUCCUUCAAUAAAAAUUGAUUGA